GUGAUCUCCCCUGUAGAGGCUCUGUGGCGCGGUAACUCGUCAGCUACGUGAUGCGGAAAAGCGGAUCCAGCAGAAAUGAGUCCGGAUUCAUGUUUCUCUGGUGAAUUAAACCGGUUUAAUGAGUCCGCCUGGUGAUCGGACUGUGGUGAAGUGAUUGCAGGCUAUGAGAAGGUGGAAUGGAAGAUAACGACUGUUUGGAAGCAAACCGUUUGAUUCAGGAUGAAGACUCUCUUAUCGAAGGCGUCAGUAACCCCGUCCUAGUUGUGGUGAUCCUGAGCGUGGCGUUUCUGGGUGCUCUGGCCACACUGCUCUGCAGAAAUGAGCAUCAGCGGAUCCACCCAGAGAAUCAGGAGCAUGUUCGAGCUGUUCGACAGCAACUUCAGACAGAACAGGACACAUCAUCCGAGUCGAGGCAUCAGUACUACUCAGACAUGUCCUGUCCAGUGUGUCUGCAGCAGGCUGUACUGCCAGUGGAGACUAACUGCGGCCAUCUCUUCUGUGGUUCUUGUAUUAUUGCAUACUGGCGUUACGGCACUUGGCUCGGAGCCAUAAGCUGUCCCAUCUGUAGACAAAUGGUGACCCUGCUGUUCCCGCUUUUCCAAGACACGGGACAGAGCGCGCAGACGCAGGACGGACAGAUAGACCCAGCGCUUAUUCUGGGUGAUGUUAAUGACUACAACCGCAGGUUCUCAGGACAGCCCAGAUCUCUCCUGGACCGUCUGCGGGACGUCCCGACGCUCCUACGCCACGCCUUCAGGGAGAUGUUUUCAGUGGGAGGUCUGUUCUGGAUGUUCCGGAUCCGUAUCAUCCUGUGCCUGGUGGGGGCGCUCACAUACCUGGCAUCUCCGCUGGACUUCAUCCCCGAGGCUCUCUUCGGCCUGCUGGGCUUCAUGGACGACUUCUUCGUCAUCCUCCUCCUCUUCAUCUACAUCUCCAUCAUGUACCGGGAGGUGGUGACGCAGAGACUGGUCGGAUGAACCCGGGCUGAACCUUAGCUCAUAUUAAUCCACCUACAUUCAGUUUAGAAACAGUAGGUUCAGAUACAGAAGGGUCUAGGAGAAUUACAGGUUUUAUAAGGGGGCUGUACGGGUGUGUGUGCGUGUCUGUGUGUGUGUGUGUGUGUGUGUGUGUAUGUGUAUGUGUGGGGUUGUGAAUUUCUUUGGUUGAGUGUGUGUGUGCUGUCCCAUGUUAUCAAUAUUGCAAUUAAAGGAGUACUUUAAAUUAAAGCUACUUUUCAACCUGAUCUCUGUCUGCAUCUGUAAGGUAUACCGUAUCUUUCAGACUAUAAGGUGCACCAGAUUAUAAGGCGCACUAUCAGUGAACAGUCUUUUUUUGGUCAAUUUUCUUACUUAAGGCACACUGUAUUAAAAGGUGCAUUAAGCACCACUGGAAGGCUCCUGACUACGGUAGCCUGUUGUGCCAAUUUCAGCACCCCCGCUAGGAAAAGCCCCCCCUCUCGGGAGUGCGCACUCACUGUCUUAGAAAUACGCCCCCAAAAAAAGAUGAGGUUCUUAGCUACGCUGACUCAAAAGAGACGAUAAAAAAGAAACGUGUCACCUGCACCCUAUACUGAGAGAGGGUGCUUUUCCUGGCGGGGGUGCUGUUUUCACAGUACAGCUGUUGAGCCAAAAACAGCCUCCCCGCCAGGAAAAGCACCCUCUCUCAGGAGAGAGUUCAGGUGACACGUUUCAUUUUUUAUUACCUCUUAUGAGUCAUUGUAGCUUAGAACAUCAUCUUUUUAUGGCGUGUACCAUAAUCGUAUCGUACGCAAUAAUAUCGCCAACAUUUUUUAAUAUCUUGAAUGAUAUUAUACCUUGAAAUAUUGUUACAUAUCAACCACCCUUAAUUAUCACAUCAGGGUACUACGUUUUUGCUGUUUUUAGCAACAAAAAAAAAAAAAAAUCACACUGUUCUCAUUUCCCAUUAUAUAUCUACUAAAGACAGAUUGUAUCUGUCCAAUAUCAUUCAUUGCAUCAUAUAUAUUGACAUGAUAGUCUUUUCUUUCUAACACCUUCUGUAUUCUGUAUUGUUGCAGGAUAUUAGGUUUCUAAUUUAUUUUGUAAAAUGAAAUAUUUCAGCCAUUUAUUCACUAUAGACUUUCAGCAACUGUCCAAUAGGGCUUCUGUUAUAAGACAGUUUUUCAAAAUGAUACUGAAACAUACAGUGCAGAUGCAGCACACUGCAAAAAUGUAAAUGUUAGCAAGUUAAAUCCUCUUAAAUCUAAGUAAAAUAUCUGACUUUUCUCAUUUUUGCAUUGUUGUCAGAAUUGUAUAGAAAUAUCUUAUGGAUUUCUAUCCUAUUUCUCCGUGUUUAAAGUAAUUUGCAGCUGUCUUAUUCCUUCGGCUUGUUUAAAGCAUUAUUUUAUAAAAAAAACUACAUUUUCUGAAUUAAGCUAACUAAUCUGCAAAACUAAUAAGACACUUUUAAAAGACUGAAGCUGAAAAACACAUACAGGGAAGUUAGAAAUAAAUUAGUAAUAUUGUAUUAUAGUAUUAAAAUAAGAAAUAAGCAAUAUUUAGACUACAUUUUGGAGGAUUUCUCUCGAUAACAUCUUUUUUUGCAGUGCAUCUAGAGAUUUGGUUGAGAACAAGCUGAAUGAAUGAAGUAUUCCUUUAAAUAGCUGAUCUUCUGUUCUCAUAAUACAGCAUAAGUAUUUUCAUUUAAAGCUGUUUUUUAUUCUCCAUAUCAACAGAUAAAACACUUGACAGCUUGUUGUCGGUUUUCAUAUUUUGGCUGCGAAAAAUUAUCUACAUCCAGUUUUGGCUCGGAUAAGGGAUAUUUAUUCUUCUCUGCAUUUGGAAGGAGAUCAUGUUCAGUAUACAGUAUAUAUGGUUUGUAAUCAUAAGGAGCUGAGCUGAGCCUCUGCAGACAAGCUGUAGGAAUAUGCUGGGUUUAAAGUAAUUGAAUUGUGCUGCGUUCACAUUAUUAUCUGGCUGAAGUGACUCUAAUAAUUUUUUAAUAUUAUUAGAAAAUAUUUUUUUACUAAAAGCUCCACUAGGUAGGAUUGAGAUUUUGUGCUCGCGGGCUCCCCCUACAGUUGCAGAGUGUAAUAAAUGUUUCAGGCGGAUUAGUUUCUCUUUCUCGUUUUCUAGCUUUCACAGACAUAUUCUGUCUCUUUCCAGCUUCUACCAGAGUGUAUGUAUGUUAGUUUGUAAAGAAUGAACCAGUAGUCCUUGUAGAACUGUUAGAACUAAAGGUCGGAAAGCAGGUCGCAGUUCUCGCGAGUGUUGGUCGCGGCCGUCUCGGAAAACUUACAGAGUCUGGUUUGAGCUCAGAGGAGCUCCGGCACAGACACCCAAGGAAUCAAGGAAAAUCAAGGAAAUCCUAACUAGUGCUGCUUUAAUGUGACACAGAUCAGAUUUUUUCAGGGCUGUGCAGACGUGUUCACUUUAAUUUCGUAUCAGAUUUGUGGGUAUCUGACAGAAUUGUGAAUGCUCAGAUUGAAUUUCAUGCAUUUUUUCUCUCUUAUCCCAGCAACAUUUGCUGUCGACAUCACCCAGAACUGCUGUUUUUUUUAUUUUAUUUCUAAUUUUUAUCCCAUUUUCUCCCCCAAUUUACAAGGCCAAUUACCCAAAUCACUCAUUAGUACUCACCCUAACACUAGUGAUGCCCAACGACAGGAGGGUAAAGACUAGCACAUGCCUCCUCCGACACAUGUGACGCCACCACCUCUUUUUGCGCAGCAUCACAGCGCACUCGGAGGAAAGCGCAGCGACUCAGUUCCAAUUCAUCAGCUCACAGGGGCUCCGGCAGCUAAUGGUAAGCUGCAUGACCGGGAUUCGAACCGGCGAUCUCCCGAUCAUAGUAACAGCGCUUAUUCAGCAGGACCACUCUAAACCCCACCUAGAACUGCUGUUUUGAAGAAUUCUAACUCCGUGCCAGAAUCUGACUUCACUGUGUGUGCUUAACAGAUUACAUUCACAAUUCCUGUUGCUGUUUCUCUGUAUGAGUAACUAUUAAUAUUAACAGAAUAUUGCUUAUAAAGGGAGUCAGAUUCUGGUGGGGGGGUGGAUUAUGGCACGACACCGGCAGCCUGGCAAAACAGCAGAGAUGACGUGCAAAACAUACAAUUAAGUAUGUUAUACAUUAAGUGUUAUUUAAUUUCACUUACAGACCAGCAUGCUCAGCUAACCCCUAUGGACGGUGGACGGUGUGUUACUGCAGUUAUUGCAUAAGUUUCCGAAAGGGCGAUACUAGGCAAUCAGUGUGGGCGGUGCUUUGUUGUCAGGGGUGCACAGAGAUGCUUAGGUGUUCUUUACAAUAAUAAUGUGGUUGUAUGUGUCUCUAAUUGGUGUGGUGCGGUGGAUAACACCACCGCCUGCCAGUAAGCUACCAUGUGGGAGAUUGCGGUUCAAUUCCAGGUCUGGGUGAUUGAAUGCUGUGCUAUACCAAUAAGAAAGAGUCUUUGGGCAAUUUUAAGUCAUUUUGGAUAAGAGCAUCAACUAAAUGCUGUAACUGUAAAUGUAAUGUAAUGUCUGAUCACCCAUAAAUCUUUGUGAUCAGUUCGAGAGAUCAGAUAACGAAACAUCUUCAAGACACACUACACCCCAGUUACACCUGUAUUUUUUUUACUGGACGUUUAUAGUCAGAUCACCCAGAAUGCAUGUUAAUCUUAGGGUCUUACGUUUAUGAACAUAACAGUCAAGGUAUACAUAUCCAAUAUAAGUUUAAAAAAAAAAAAACUCACUUGUAAAGUGUGUAAUGUGAACGUAGCCAUUAAGGGUAAAGGAGUGAAUAACAAAAAUAAAUAAGAAAGGAGAUUGUCUUAAAAGAAGAGCUACAUAUGUUCAUAUUGGGGCGAAAAACAAUAUAUGAGCACAGAGAACAGAAAAAAAAGUUAAUCAUUGUGUGUGAGGUACAGUAUCAGUCAAAAUUGUGGACACAUCUCAUUCAAUGUGUUUUCUUUCUUUAUAGUUUUUUUUUACAUUGUAUAUUUAAUAUUUAAGACUAUAUUAAAGCUAUACAGGAGCACAUGCUGAAUUAUGUUGUAAACAAAAAGUGUAAAACAAUCUAGAAUAUGUUUUUUAUACUUAGAUUCUUCUAUAAGCAGCACAUUUAUUUUUAAGGGCAGAUCUGCACACUCUUGGUAUUUUAAUCUCAGUGUCUUCAUGAGGGAGAGUCACCUGGAAUAGUUUUCUCAGAGUCUUGAAAGAAGGAGUUCCUGGAGGUGCUGAACAAUAGCUGCUGCGUUUCCUUCCAAAUCACCUCAAAAUCACCAUCUCAGUUCAUCAGGUUUAGAUCAGGGGAUUUAUGUGGAGGACAAACACGUUAUGAUACCAUAGCAACGCCGUAGCAACCACCUAGCAACUGCUUAGCAACUCCUUAGCAACCACCUAGCAACUGCUUAGCAACAUCAUAGCAACCACCACAGACACAAUAGCAACACCUUAGCAACCACCUAGCAACCGCUUAACAACACCUUAGCAACCACCACAGACACCAUAGCAACACCUUAGCAACCGCUUAACAACACCUUAGCAACCACCACAGACCCCAUAGCAAACGCCAAGCAACCACUAUAGCAAAAAAUGGGAGCCAUUUUAGCUGGAAAUGCACUUUUCUAGUUUACUACGUAAUUCCAUAUGUAUCCCUUAAUUGUUUUAAUGUCUUUAGUAUUAAUCUACAGUAUAGAAAAUAAAUUAAAUAAAGAAAUAAAGGAAAACACUGAAUGAGAAGGUGUGACCAGACAUUUGACUGGUACUGUAAAUAAAUGAAUAAUUGAACAAUCUUCCAGAUCUGUGAGAAGCUGUGAGCUAAUAUAAUGUUGUUAUAUAUAUAUUUUUUUUGUUGGCUGAACAGAAAACAGAAACUGAACAGAAAAAGGGCUGGUUUUAUUUUGGCUCUGGCUAAAAAAUCCGGAAACAAGUUAUUCCAUCAUAAAGAAAUGCUAGUCGAAGCGAUGGUGCAGAAUGUAGCUAGAUAAUAUAAAUAUAAUCAGUUUCAUGUUUACAAGGGUUUUGGUAUAUUUCUUCCCUCAGAAAAGAGAGAAAAUGCAACCAAACUUAUUCUCACAAUUCGCAACGUAGCUGACGCUAGCUAGCUAACCUUGUUGCACUAUUGGCUAUAUGCUAAGUUAAAACAAAGAAUGUCUUUAUUUGUGUUUUUUUUUUUUGGAUGAAAUGUUUAAUUACUUUAUAUUUAUGGUAUAAUUUAUCUAGCAGUUAGUUUCCUGCUUUAUGUGUUUUUUUAUUUACUUUGAGCUACUAGCUAGCAUAGCAGGAACAACUAUUAGCUAUUAGCUUAGCUAAGAUAAGUAACAGGCUAGCUAACUAGCUGUUGAGGUGUGAUUGUAAAUCAUAUUUUUCUCACUAUAAGGUGCACCGGAUUAUAAGGUGCAUUAUGCGAUUCUAGUAAGUCGCAAUAAAUGGAAAGAAUGUUUUAAUUACAAUUUUAUUACCAAGCUAUUGCUUUAAGCUGAAUUGUAGGCGUAAAGUAAAACAUUAACUCUCCUGUUAUGGUCAUUUGUCAGGAACAGCAACAGUGUUCCCGGGUCAUAUUUAAUUAUCUAAAAGAUGUCUGAAACCCCCCAAAAAAUCCUAACAAGCUGUGUGAAUAUUUAAUUACUAACUCCAUUACUAAUUAUUCUAUCAAUAUGUAGUGCAAUGGUGUUCCUUACCUCUAACAGGUAAUGGUUCAAAUAGAAUAGUUCACUCGUUUUUUAUUAAAAAAUACAUAUUCAAACAAGUUUUACAACUUUAUUACUUUUGAAAAACCGACAUAUAAAACACAAUAGUUUUACAUAAUAUUGAAACUAUACACUGCAGUUUUGUUGUAGAUUUUGUUUGGGGGGGACAUUCAACUAACAUUCAACUACAUCUCUAUUAAAUGCAAAUGAACUAAAAGGUGAAAGUAAAUGAUUCUCUAUUGAAUACAACCCUACAUUCAACUCUAACCCAAACGCUUAUCUUAAUAUUUUAGGAUUGGGUUUAGGGUUAGAUUUUAUGGUUGAUUAAGGGUUAAGGUUAGGGUUAGGUGUAGGGUUAGAUUUUAUGGUUGAUUAAAGGUUAAGAUUAGGGUUAGGUGUAGGGUUAGAUUUUAUGGUUGAUUAAGGGUUAAGGUUAGGGUUAGGUGUAGGGUUUGAUUUUAUGGUUGAUUAAGGGUUAAGGUUAGGGUUGGUUGUAGGGUUUGAUUUUAUGGUUGAUUAAGGGUUAGGGUUAGGUGUAUGGUUUGAUUGUAGGGUUGAUUAAGGGUUAAGGUUAGGGUUAGGUGUAUGGUUUGAUUGUAGGGUUGAUUAAGGGUUAAGGUUAGGGUUAGGUGUAGGGUUUGAUUUUCUGGUUGAUUAAGGGUUAAGGUUAGGGUUAGGUGUAGGGUUAGAUUUUAUGGUUGAUUAAGGGUUAAGGUUAGGGUUAGGUGUAGGGUUUGAUUUUAUGGUUGAUUAAGGGUUAAGGUUAGGGUUAGGUGUAGGGUUAGAUUUUAUGGUUGAUUAAAGGUUAAGAUUAGGGUUAGGUGUAGGGUUAGAUUUUAUGGUUGAUUAAGGGUUAAGGUUAGGGUUAGGUGUAGGGUUUGAUUUUAUGGUUGAUUAAGGGUUAAGGUUAGGGUUAGGUGUAGGGUUAUAUUUUAUGGUUGAUUAAGGGUUAAGGUUAGGGUUAGGUGUAGGGUUUGAUUUUCUGGUUAAUUAAGGGUUAAGGUUAGGGUUAGGUGUAGGGUUUGAUUUUAUGGUUGGUUAAGGGCUAAGGUUAGGGUUGGGUGUAGGGUUAGAUUUUAUGGUUGAGUAAGGGUUAAGGUUAGGGUUAGGUGUAGGGUUUGAUUUUAUGGUUGAUUAAGGGUUAGGGUUAGGUGUGGGGUUUGAUUUUAUGGUUGAUUAAGGGUUAAGGUUAGGGUUGGUUGUAGGGUUUGAUUUUAUGGUUGAUUAAGGGUUAAGGUUAGGGUUAGGUGUAUGGUUAGAUUUUAUGGUUGAUUAAGGGUUAAGGUUAGGGUUAGGUGUAUGGUUAGAUUUUAGGGUUGAUUAAGGGUUAAGGUUAGGGUUAGGUGUAGGGUUAGAUUUUCUGGUUGAUUAAGGGUUAAGGUUAGGGUUAGGUGUAGGGUUAUAUUUUAGGGUUGAUUAAGGGUUAAGGUUAGGGUUAGGUGUAGGGUUUGAUUUUCUGGUUAAUUAAGGGUUAAGGUUAGGGUUAGGUGUAGGGUUUGAUUUUAUGGUUGAUUAAGGGUUAAGGUUAGGGUUAGGUGUAGGGUUUGAUUUUCUGGUUAAUUAAGGGUUAAUGUUAGGGUUAGGUGUAGGGUUUGAUUUUAUGGUUGAUUAAGGGUUAAGGUUAGGGUUAGGGUUAGGUGUAGGGUUAUAUUUUAUGGUUGAUUAAGGGCUAAGGUUAGGGUUGGGUGUAGGGUUAGAUUUUAUGGUUGAGUAAGGGUUAAGGUUAGGGUUAGGUGUAGGGUUUGAUUUUAUGGUUGAUUAAGGGUUAAGGUUAGGGUUGGUUGUAGGGUUUGAUUUUAUGGUUGAUUAAGGGUUAAGGUUAGGGUUAGGGUUAGGUGUAGGGUUAUAUUUUAUGGUUGAUUAAGGGCUAAGGUUAGGGUUGGGUGUAGGGUUUGAUUUUAUGGUUGAUUAAGGGUUAGGGUUAGGUGUAUGAUUUGAUUGUAGGGUUGAUUAAGGGUUAAGGUUAGGGUUAGGUGUAGGGUUAGAUUUUAGGGUUGAUUAAGGGUUAAGGUUAGGGUUAGGUGUAGGGUUAGAUUUUAGGGUUGAUUAAGGGUUAAGGUUAGGGUUGGGUGUAGGGUUAGAUUUUAUGGUUGAUUAAGGGUUAAGGUUAGGGUUGGGUGUAGGGUUAGAUUUUAUGGUUGAUUAAGGGUUAAGGAUAGAGUUAGGUGUAGGGUUAGAUUUUAGGGUUUAUUAAGGGUUAAGGUUAGGGUUAGGUGUAGGGUUAGGUUUUAUUUUAAACCAUUUACAUUCAACAUAGGGUUGAGUUAAAUUUAAUGAACAUUCAAUUCAAGCUGAAUGUCAGUUUUGAGCAUCAACAAGGCAUUAAAAUGGACCAUCCAAGUAAAGUGUUACCUUAUUAUUAUUAUUAUUAUUAUUAUUAUUAUUAUUAUUAUUAUUUGUAUUAUUAUUAAGGUAGAAUAAGUUAGGUUGCAUUCAGCUCUCGUCUCUCUAAAGUUGUAAUAGGCUUGUAUUUGUUGUUCAUUUGUCCGGCUUGGUUUCUUUUGCUGCCUCCCGAACAGCAUUACGAUGUUAAUCAUGCUGCAUUUCUCACUUUGGGAAGCUGUGAAGCGCAUGGAGCUGUGGAUCUUUUGCACAACAUGUCGUGCCUUGUCUUGGAGACAACAAUAGGAUUGUGAACUUGAACGAAUUGAAUUACAAAUAAAGUAUCUGAAACAAUCA